GGACGGAGGCCGAGACGGGGCGAUCCGCGCGCUAGGCACGUCCCAGCUCUCCAGGGUCGGUCCUGAGAUCGACGGGCUUCCCUCGAGCGCCUGCUGUGUGCGCUGAGCGGUGCGAGACGCCGGGAGGACGAGAUCCCGAGGAAGAGCCUAAGGUCUGCGUGAAGCGAUGGUACUCACUUUGGAAGGAAAAGAUGAUGCUCUGCUGCCGGACUUCCCCAAGGGGCCCCUCCAGCCCUACCGAGCCCGAGCGUCCUUCAGCUGGAAGGAGCUGCUGCUCUUCUUGGAAGGCGAGGAGAUGCUCCGUUUUAAAAGAACCAUCUUCUCAGCUCUCGAGAACGACCCACUCUUUGCCCAGCAUCGAGGAGCCGACCUGCCUCUGGAGAAGUACCGUGAGCUGACCUUCCUACGUUGCAAGCGGGUCUUUGAGUAUGAUUUCCUGAGUGCUGAGGACAUGCUGCAGACACCCCUGAAAAUUCUGGCAAUUAUCCACUGUCUGGGCAUGUACGACUGGUCCCUGGCUACCAAGUACUUCCUACACACGCUGGUUUUCUCCUCAUCCAUCUACAACUUGGGUACUGAUAGGCACUUCAUGUACAUUCCGAAGAUCUUCAACAUGGAGAUCUUUGGAUGCUUUGCUCUGACUGAGCUGAGUCAUGGGAGUAACACCAAGGGCAUCCAGACGACAGCGCACUACGACCCCAGCUCCGAGGAAUUCAUCAUACACUCCCCUGACUUCAAAGCAUCCAAAUUUUGGGUUGGCAACAUGGGGAAGACAGCUACUCACGCGGUCGUGUAUGCUCAGCUGCACACGCCAGGAGGCCAGUGUCACGGGCUGCACGCCUUUGUGGUGCAGAUCCGGGACCCAAAGACCCUGCUCCCCAUGCCCGGGGUGAUGGUUGGCGACAUUGGCAGGAAGCUCGGGCAGAACGGGCUGGAUAAUGGCUUCGCCAUGUUCCACAAGGUUCGGAUUCCUCGCCGGGACCUUCUGAACCGCACAGGGGACGUCACCCCCGAAGGCACCUAUGUCACUCCAUUUAAGGAUGACAGGCGGCGCUUCGGAGCCUCCCUGGGCAGCUUGUCUUUUGGCCGUGUCUCCAUCAUGGGGAUGUCCAUCAUCAACUUGAAACUGGCCCUGUGCAUCACAAUCCGAUUCUCGGCCACUCGACGCCAGUUUGGACCAACCGAUGCAGACGAAAUACCCAUCCUCGAGUAUCAGAUGCAGCAAUGGCGCCUGCUUCCAUACCUGGCGGCCACCUAUGCCUUAGACCAUUUCUACAAGUCUCUCUUUCUGGACCUUACGGAGUUCCAGCGAGGCCUCCAAACUCAGGACCGGAGUGCCAGACAGGCAGAGCUUGGGCGGGAGAUCCACGCCUUGUCAUCAGCCGGCAAGCCACUGGCCUCAUGGAUGGUCCAGCGAGGAAUCCAGGAAUGCCGAGAGGCUUGCGGAGGACACGGAUACCUGGCCGUGAACCGUCUGGGUGAGCUCCGAGACGACAACGACCCCAACUGCACCUAUGAAGGAGACAACAAUGUCCUACUGCAGCAGACCAGCAACUACCUGCUGGGCCUCCUGGACGACAGGACCCGAGAUGGAGCUCGCUUUGAAAGCCCCCUGAAGACUGUAGACUUCCUGGAAGGCUACCCAGGCAUCCUCAGCCAGAGGUUCACCUGCCCCAGUGUGGGAGAUGGCUGGGACACCACAGUCUCCCUGGAGGCAUACAGGUGGCUGGUCUGUUACCUGCUGCAAGAGAGCGCUCGAGAACUGAGCCGUCAGAGGAGCUUGGGAAGCAGUGACUUUGACGCGAGGAACAACUCUCAGGUGUACCACUGCCGCUCCCUGGCCCUGGCCUUCAUGGAAUUCGCCGUGGCCCAGCGGUUUCACGACUUCACGCACAGCCCCAGCGUACCACCCUCGUUGCGGGGUGUGCUGGGCCGACUCAGUGCGCUGUAUGUGCUGUGGUCCCUGCACUCCCACCUGGCUUCUCUCUACCAAGGCGGCUACUUUUCUGGGGAGCACGCAGGUAAAAUGAUGGAGACAGCGAUCUUGGACCUGUGUUCCCAGCAGCUGAAAGGUGAUGCGGUUGCCCUGGUGGACGUGCUGGCCCCUCCCGACUUUGUCCUGGAUGCACCGAUUGGCAGGGCUGAUGGCGAGCUCUACCGGAACCUCUGGGCCGCCGUCCUUCAGGAGAGCAAGGUGCUCGAGCGGGCCUCAUGGUGGCCCGAGUUUUCUGCCAAGAAGCCCGUCGUCGGGAGUUUGAAACCAAAGCUGUAGCGAAGCCGGCAUGCGUCCUGGCCAAACUGCUGGUCGAGACCCGGGUGUCAGAUUCUGGUAGUUCCAGAAAACCCCGGGAAAGGCCAACACUUUCUGGAUGUCCCCUGCAUUUAUACUGGCUGCGUGUCUCCUCGAACCCUGACCAGAGACUCGUGUGCCCUGGGGCUGGCCAUGCUUGGGAGCACAUUAACUGGGGAUCGUGGCUCACAGUAGAAAUAAAUUUCGGAAGAUCAAGUGGACUAUGUCUUUUUAAAAAUUUUUAAACAUUCUUUAUAAUCAGAACUUUACACAUUCUAAGAAACUUAAAGAUCAAGUCUUCUGAUGGGCUAUGUUUUUUUGAUAGUUAGAGCUUUGCAAAUUCUAAGAAAAAAAAUAAAAGAUCAAGUCUUCCUGAUGAGCUUUUGGGUUGAUUUUGAUAAUUAGAACUUUGCACAUUCUAUUUUCAGGCACAGAUGCCAACUGUAAAAUAGGCUGCUCACAUUUAGGGAUUUUUCUACCAGCGGAUCUUUUUUACGAGGCUCUGCCGCCCCCAGGACAAGUGAUACCAAUACGGUCCUUUAACAGCAGCCUCAUCCCACGGCACGAAGUCCCCUCUCCUGGCUGGGCGGUCAACGCAAGCUUCCCCAGGCAGCAUGUGCAGCUCCACCUCGGCACCGUGUUCCCACGGCCUCCCUCCCUGAGGGCACAGGUGCCAAUAAUAAACCUGGGGAGUGCCAGGUGUGGAGAGAGACACCAGUCACAGCAGACCGGCCCGGCUGGCUGCUGGCCCCCAAGCACUCCUGGGGGGCCCCGUGGGUGUCCGCCAUCCCCCGUCCUCCUUCCUGGAG